GCAAUGUUGUUGGACACAUCUUUGUAACGAUCCCGUAAUUUAUUCGUUUUUUUCAAUUUUGCUAACGUUUGAAUUUGCUGCCACGUGAAUGGCGCUUAUACAUAGGCCCAUGCUCUUGCUCGCGCCUCUCUGGCCACUCAUCUCUUUUUCCAGUAAAGAGAUAUAAUAUUUGCUCCAAGCCCUCAUCCUCGUGCCUGUUAGUAUCGCACUAGCAGCCAAAGCGGGGAAAUCGAGUGAAAUUCCAGCCGCAACUGCGGACUUUAAAAUCACGAUAGAAGCUAAACUUUCACGACUCCAAAUCAUUCAACUCUAAAAUGGCCAAUCCAAUAAAUGUUGUUGUUACUGGAGCAGCUGGGCAAAUUGCCUAUUCACUGCUUUACCAGUUGGCCUCAGGGAGCGUGUUUGGUUCUGAGCAAUCAAUUAACUUGAGAUUACUUGACAUUGCGCCCAUGAUGGGAGUUCUAAAAGGAGUGAUAAUGGAGUUGGAAGACCUUGCUCUUCCUAUCGUUAAAGAUAUUUUGCCGACGGAUGACCCAAAUUUGGCAUUCAAAGAUGCGGAUGCUGUAUUUUUAGUUGGAGCAAUGCCCCGAAAACAAGGAAUGGAAAGAAAAGAUCUUCUCGCCGCUAAUAUUAAAAUUUUUAAGGUCCAAGGGGAAGCAUUAGAUAAAUAUGCGCGAAAAGAUGUUAAGGUUUUAGUCGUUGGCAAUCCAGCAAACACAAAUGCUUUGAUCUGUUCACGUUACGCUCCUUCCAUACCAAAGCAAAACUUUACAGCUAUGACAAGGCUGGAUCAAAAUAGAGCCAAGGCUGCUUUAGCCACGAAAAUAGGAGUUGGGGUGGAAAAAGUACAAAACGUAAUAAUUUGGGGCAAUCACAGUUCAACUCAGUAUCCAGAUGCAGCUCACGCCACAGUAGAAGUAAAUGGUGUCACUCAGCCGGUUUCUAAAAUUGUAAAUGAUGAUAAAUGGUUGAGCGAAGAUUUUGUUGAAACAAUUCAAAAACGAGGAGCCGCAGUAAUUGCAGCGAGAACCAUGUCAUCAGCUAUGUCAGCUGCUAAAGCUGCCGCGGAUCAUAUGCGUGAUUGGUGGUUCGGUACAAAACCUAAUGAAGUUGUAAGCAUGGGAGUUGUGUCGGAUGGAAGUUACGGGAUUCCAAAAGACAUUAUUUUUUCUUUCCCAGUGACUAUCAAAAACAAGCAAUAUGCAAUUGUACAGGGACUAGAUAUUAAUAGUUUUGCUAGGUCAAAAUUAGACAUAACUGCCAAAGAAUUAGAAGAAGAGCGAACUGAAGCGUCUUCUGUACUACAGUGACUAGAUGACGGUAAAAUACAAAAUACUUUGGAAGAGGCAAUAUCCAAAUUGUAAUGAAUGUUUUUAGCAUUAUUGCUACUACGUACUGAAAUAGAUGAUCGAUGGUAAUUAUUUUUUGAUGUGCCGAGAUAUCACAUAUUAAAAAAAAUUGUUCUAGCCCAAGUACAUGGUAACUCAUAAUAUGAUGUAUACAUGUAAGUUAUGAAUGUUGUAGAAAUGUUGACAAUAAAAAUUUGUGACUCGAUGUA